GCAAUCGUUAUCAAUGUAGGUUGAUUGGAUACCACCAGUUCAGUGGGGUAGUAUGUAGGGUAUAUAUACCCUCUUGUCAUUGUAAUCUGACAUCAAGAGACGACCAUGGCGUACGUACCCGCCCUGUUGGCUCUGCUGUUGACGGCAACGUCAUAUGUUAACGCCCAGGAUGCCUGCAGCGUUCGGCGUGACGCGGCGUGUGUGGCGGCCGUAAGGUCCCUCCUCACCAACCCCUCGGCCUUCUGGUAUGGGACGAGGUACGCGACGGACUGCCCAGUUGGCAAAGUGAGCUCUUUGUGUAGAAAUACAAAACGAUCCGAAAAAACCCUCCUGUCCCGAAUUUUUGGAGAUGGCGCCACCGACUCCAGCGGGCUAGCCUUCAUCAUUAAAGUCCAGUACAGCCCUACUCUUCCAGCUGAUGGAUCUGACCGAACAUACAGCGGCUGUGGAAGGAUUGUGGACGUACCGGUGAAAGGACCACACGAUUUCGUCGUCGACCCCCUCGGCAAGUACGUCUAUCCCCCUUACGACCUGCGCGAGGAGCCGCUAGUGACGUGGCAAGCGGAGAAGAACGCCCUCUACACUGUCAUUAUGUACGACCCCGCCCCGUUCUACGUGCAUGCGUUAUACGUCAACGUCGCCGGCGGCAUACUACAGAAAGGAGACACUGUAAUUAACUACUUUGGGCCUGGGAACCCGGUGGAUCGGGACAACCCCUACAUCUGGCUCGUGUUUAAGCAACAGAAAUCAGUGGACGCCUCAAAGAUUGCCUCCGCCCGCAACAACAUCUACAUCAAGAACCUUGUAUCUCAGCUGGGUCUCUCAACCAAGGCGUAUGGCAUCAACAUUAUCAUGACCAACACGGAUGAGUACACCGCAGCCUUUAUCCGGUCGGUUAAUUUCCUGAACAGAUGUCCAGUCUAUUAUGGGAAGUAUUUGAGCAGCUACAUCCAGAAAAGAGGUGGGCUCCCGUCACUUCCGGCGCGUCUUGAUCUCAGUGUAUCCGUUGACGUCAACUUCCAGGCCCCCCCGAUAACGUACACAGCGUGCGGAAAACAGUAUCACCAAGGGCGAGUUAACGUCACUUUAGAUUAUCGGAACACGGGUGACGUACCCUCCGUGGAGACUCGGAUCUCCCCCAAAGUCAGUCUGGUUCCCCUUGACAUCAGCGGUCAACCCCCCUCCGUCACACUGAAAGACAAGCAGUACACCUUGUUGAUGCUAGACCUGACCCCCGAACUGGGGAAGACAAAACAGGACACCUACCUUCAUUGGAUGGUCGUCAACAUCCGGGGUACUGACAUCACUUCCGGUGAUGAGGUGUAUGAUUGGAAAAUGCCCAUGACGUCAAAUUUGAAUGAGCUCUUCCUGUUUGCCUUGUUCGAGCAGAGUAAACAAGUCAGCACCUCAAAAGCGAGGACUUACGAUGGAAACAACUGUUUCAGGUGCAGGUUUCGGGCCGGCGACUUCAUCCGUGACAACAACCUCUCCCUCGUCGGCCUACGACGUAUCACAGUCGUCCCCGACACCUACCAACAGUACUUGGCGGCCAAGACUGACACCACGAACCAAGUGUGCAAGCACUCGCCACCUAUUAUUGGGUGAAAUUAUAUCUGAACGAUGGGUUCAGUGAGGACCUAUAUGUGUCUCUACAAAUUUGUGUGCUUUAUAAACGAAGUCAGUUAAUCAUUUCCCUUAUCUUUGUCACCGAACCCUCCGGUUUAAAAACUUUUCUGGAAUUUGCUCUUGAAUAAAGAAUAGCAAGUAA